AUUGUGUAGUCUUUUAAAAGUUAAUUGAUUGAAGCCAUGAUAUCUACCUGGAUUGGACUCCUCCUGCUGUGGGUGGUCGGAGCCCUGGCCAAUGAUAAUCUCCACGUGGCCUUCGAGUGGCGGGAAAUGGACUUCAAGUAUGACACCUCGGAUCAACGCUGGGCGGCCAUCGAAAAGGGAGACUUUAAGCCCGCUAAUGUUAUACCCUUUGGCCUGGAGGUUUACAAGCACCGACUCUUUGUGACCCUGCCUAGAUGGCGGGCCGGAGUGCCGGCCUCGUUGGCCUACCUUGAUCUUAAUGAUACCUCGACUAAAAUGCCUGCUCUGAAGCCUUUUCCCAGCUGGGAGGCCCACAAUCUGGCAGAAGCGGAACCAGAAUUGGUUUCUCCAUUCCGUGUGCGGGCUGAUCGCUGUGGCCGGCUGUGGGUAUUGGAUCUACGUAUCUCUGGUGUCCUGGAGAAAACAAAGAUGUAUGGAGCACCCCAGCUGCUGGUCUACGAUCUGCACAACGAUGACCUGCUGCGCCGACACACGAUCCCCGCGGAACAAUUCAAACAGGGAUCUUUUCUGGCCAAUCUGGCCAUAGAAGAUGGGGACUGCGAGAACACCUUUGCGUAUGCGGCGGAUCUGGGUAGUCCCGGUUUGGUUGUCUACUCGUGGAAAUCGCAGGAAUCGUGGCGCGUGCAGCAUCACUUCUUUCAUCCAGAUCCCAUGGCCGGAAACUUUAGCGUGAAUGGCAUCGAGUUUCAGUGGGAUGAUGGACUCUAUGGUUUGGCGUUGUCCAAGCCUAUGGAAACGGGCUUCUCCACGCUGUACUUCCAUCCCCUGUGCUCCACAAUGGAGUUCUCUGUAAGCACAUCGGUGCUGCGCAACAAGACUCUGGCCACAUCGGCAGAGAUCUAUAGGGAUUUCAAGGUGCUCGGCUCUCGUGGUCCCAACACCCAGGCUGGGGCUGAGUUCCUGGAUCAGGAGACUGGUGUGCUCUUCUAUGCCCUGCCGAACUUGAAUGAAGUUGCCUGCUGGCGUACCUCUCAGGACUUCACCCAUAAUGCUCAGAGCCGCAUCUUUAGGAACAACGACAGCAUGAUCUUUCCCAGCGAUGUAAAGGUAGAUCAGGAAAAGCGUCUCUGGGUCUUGUCCAAUCAGCUGCCAGUGUUUAUCUAUGACGAGCUGUAUGCCGGAUCGAUCAACUUCCGCAUUCAUACAGCCAGUGUGAAGGAGGCCAUCGAGAACACAGCCUGCGAGAGUAGGACUUCCCCACUGCCGGAUAUCAUUAACAAGUUAGGGGAUAUCCUCAAUACAAAUGUCAUUCUUAAGUCGACUUCGGAUGCCUCCCCGAUGUCUGCCAGUUCUCUGAUGAUGGCCACUCUCGGUCUACUGAUGAGCUUAAGGCUCUUUUAGAUCCUUCCUACAGGAUCAUCAUCUCCCUGUCAUCUGUAUUAUAAAUAGUUCUUAGCUUUGCUUGUAAUGUUGAUUAAAUGUAAGAAAUUUA